AUGGCCAGAGAUUUAACCCAUAACCGUGGUGGCUACGCGUACCCGACGGCCGACACGCCGCCACCAGAAAACCCGUUUGAGUCCGAGCACUACUACUCGUCUUCGCACUCGUCUGAAGGCUCGCGCCAGCAGUACGACCCCAACCCUGGCCAGGCCUUACUCUCGCACAACUCCUCCGAGUCAUUCCAGGGCAGACCCACCCGCGGCUACACCUACAUACCCGGGACAUCUACUACGACCCACCGUGACAAUCACCCGUUUACUCCGCCUGAGUACGACCGCUAUCCGUCCCGUGGAAACUCGCGAGUUACGUCGCAGCAGUCGGUUGGCUCGGCCUCCUAUAUUGCCGGCGUCGCGCCCCGGACCCGCGGCGACUCGUUUACCGACUCGCUGUCCUCGAGCCACCGACAGUCGUUCUUUGAAAAUGGGGACGUGGACUUCUCUCCGUUCGGUGGCUACCCCGCGCUGGCCUUUCCCCUCCACAUCGAUGAAAAAGAGGAAGAUGACUACCUCCACAACCCGGACCCCAUUGCGGAUGCAGAGUACGACAAGAACCGCUUCAAGUACGACAUGAAGCACUUGGAUCGCCGGUCCUUGUGCGGUCUCCUCGGUUUCAUUGUCCUCGCUCUCGGUGCGCUCUGUCUUUUCGUGCUCUAUCCGGUCUUGACCUACUCGGGCGUGCUCGACCCGUGGAAACCCCAGUCGUAUGUCAUUCUCAGCGAUUACAAGUAUCCGACGCUCGCAGCUAUUCGCACCCUGCUCGUCGACCCAGAUACGCCUACAGAAUACCUUACUCGCACGGCAGAUGACGGCUCCGACUGGAAUUUGGUUUUUUCUGACGAGUUUAAUGCGGAAGGGCGUACCUUCUACGAAGGCGACGACCAGUUCUGGUACGCUCCAGACUUUAAUUAUGCUGCCACAAAGGAUUUAGAGUGGUACGAUCCUGAUGCCGUCGCCACCGCCAACGGGACGCUUCAGUUCACAUUGGACGCUUUCGAGAACCACAACUUGAUGUAUCGGUCCGGGAUGCUACACUCGUGGAAUAAGAUGUGUUUCACGCAAGGGAUCAUGGAGGUUUCUAUUCGGCUCCCCAACUAUGGAUUCGUUUCCGGCUUGUGGCCGGGUGCGUGGACGUUGGGGAACUUGGGCAGACCUGGUUAUAUGGCCACUACCGAAGGUGUGUGGCCAUACUCCUACCAGUCAUGUGACGCCGGCAUCACCGCCAACCAGUCGUCUCCCGACGGUAUCUCCUACCUCCCAGGCCAAAAGUUAAAUGCGUGUACCUGCAACGGCGGUGACCACCCGAACAAGGGGGUUGGGAGAGGUGCCCCGGAGAUUGAUGUCAUCGAGGCCGCCAUGGAUACCAAGUUGGGGGUGGGGGUGGCCUCGCAGUCGGUCCAGAUUGCCCCCUUUGAUAUCUGGUACAUGCCGGACUAUAACCAGAUUGAGGUGUACAACUUCCUGGUGACGAAUAUGAAUACUUACGCCGGGGGGCCGUUCCAGCAGGCUGUUUCGGGUGUGACUACCUUGAAUGUGGAUUGGUACGAGCGUUCACGCUCGGGUAUCAACAACUUCCAGAACUACGCGUUUGAGUAUUUGAACGAUCCAAACACUGGCUACAUCAAGUGGUUUGUGGGGAAUGACCCGACGUUUAAGGUCGUUUCCAACGCGUUUGCGCCGAAUGGGAACAUCGGCUGGAGACCGAUCCUGAAGGAGCCAAUGUCAUUGGUGGUGAAUUUGGGGCUCAGUAACAGUUGGGCGUAUAUCGACUGGGGUCUGCUCAAGUUUCCCAUGGUGAUGGAGAUCGACUACGUGAGAGUUUACCAGCCGGCAAACGCAACGAAUAUUGGGUGUGAUCCCGUAGGAUACCCGACGUCAAAUUACAUCCAACAACAUCUCAACGCCUACUCAGACUACAACUUGACGUCGUGGGAAAUGGCUGGGUAUACUUUCCCGAAGAACCGGCUCACCGGGUGCUAG